AUGCCACCAUCAGCGGGCGAAGAGCGCCUUGUGACUGUUUUCGCAGAUAUCCACUACUACUUCACAGAGCCAACCCGAAGACCUUUACCAUAUCACCACCGCUUUGAUAAAGGAUCCUAUGUUUAUAUUUACCAUGACGCCUUUCAGAACAAGGCCCGGAUGGAAAUUGCCAAUAAUCCCGGAUCUCCAGAGCAGGAUGCAUUCUGUGGAGGCUUAAACAAUGUUCACAUACGUCACUCCACUCAAUUCCCGACCCUAUGUACAUUAACAGUUGAUGCACACACGGCCUCGCCCCAACAGCAAUAUGUACAUGAUACCCCUCAACAUGAGUGGCGUCUACCUAGCGGAGACCCACGAGAUAACCCCAAGGAAGUGCGCGAUUUUGCCCGCCUGCAUACAUUGGAUAUCUACUUCUGGACCCAAGAUGAUGCAACCGAAUUUCUGGAUACAGUCGUCCGGCUUUUAUCCAAUUCCCAGGUCGAGACAGACCGAGAGCCAGCUCCACAGACACAGGCACAGCCACAGGACAACAUGAGCUCUGUAGUUCAGCAACUCGAGACUGUUGCAGUCUCCGACCCGGCCUACCAGAAUGGUCAAACACGCAACUCACGGUCAGAGCCCACAAGCACAGUGGCAGCACCAGGGGCGGCACCAGUGCAGCAGGCCCCACCGCCAACCACCAGCUUCCCUCCGCCCCCUCCAAGCGGGCCUCCAGUUGACCAACGAUUAAGCGCUGGUUCUACCCCCGCCGAGGAAAAGAAAGACCCAGCUAGCUUCGCCCCGCUCCCAUACAAUCCAGCUGCCCCAGCUGCCCCAGAGCCAAUCCAAUACCGCGAGAAGACCCCACCGCCAGAGGACGGGAUGAACGGUACCGGCCUAGCAGCUGCAGUGGCUGCCGACAGCGGUAUUCCGUAUACGCUCCCGAACCAAAUGAUGGGUGGCCCACCAGGCGUGGGCGCGUUUGCAUCCCCACCGCCCUCAACCCCGGGAUUGCAAUACGCAGGCCCUCCAGUCGCAGCGCCACCAGCAUUCGCAUCUCCUCCGCCCAGCAUGGGAAUACAACAUUCAAAUACUUUCCCCACUGCGCGAUCCUCGGUCCACAGUCCCGGACUGCCUGUCCCUUCAUACCCGCAGUCGUUCGUUGGCGGGCAGGGUACUCAACAGUAUAGCGCAAGCAGGCAAGGUUCAAUGUCCUUCGCUCCGCCGCCACAGGAUCCGAAUGCCCAUCUAUAUGACCAACAGGUCUAUGGGGCUCCCCAGGCCCAGUCGACGCCCCAGUAUCAGCCUGGGGUCGCAGCGCCGAUAGGCGGGUUCUCGAAUUACUCGUAUGACCAGACUCAGCAGCAGCAGCAGCAGCAGCAGCAGCAGCAGCAGCAGCAGCAGCAGCAGCAACCCCAACAACACCAGCGUGCUGGCUCUGAAUAUGAUAUUCAUAGCCAAUUGUAUAGACCCACUGAAGUAGAGGCUAACUCUCACUAUCAGAAAUAUGCACAGAAGGCUAUGAAGAAUCCUGGACAGCGGCCUAGGAAAUUGGAGGAGAGAGCAGAGCGGUUGGAAGGUGGCGUGAAUAGGUUCCUGAAGAAGCUCGAGAGAAAACUUUGA